UCUGCGCGCGGGGAAUACGCGUUGGACACACACCGGCCGCAGUUGGAGUCUGUUCCAUGGCAGGAGUAUGUCUCGCGUUCUGGGGGUCUGAGUCUGCGUCCCUUUGACGCGUUGUGCCAAGAUUGGAGUGAAGUGAAUGUGGACGGCUCUGCUGUUUUUAUCGACGUGAUCCUUUUUUCUCUCGCCUUGGAUUUCGAGUUGCCCGGAUUUAUAGGCGUCGUCUUGUGCGCGGAUCUGUGCGUGGAUCGUGCGCUGGUUUUGAAGCUCGGAAUGCGACCCGCGGGCCGGGCCAACGGGUCGGCUCGGCCCGCGUUGUCUCGGAGCACCGCGAUUUGGAUGGUACUUUGGGCUUGUGUCGCCGUCGGAGUUGCGAAUAUGCCGGCGACACAAAGGCUACGAAGUCCUUCUGGAGGUGAUGUGGUCCGAAAAGUACCGGUGCCGGCCAAAAGUUCAAGUCGCGCCCCUAGUCAAACUCUGCUUCUACCGAGCGGCAGUCUGGCCCGGGGUCUGAGCCCCGGCGAGUACGAACACCUCCUCACAAGUCCUGACGUCCGCAAUGUCACCACUCAACUGGGACAGACGGUGUACCUGCAUUGCGUCAUGGACUCUGUUGCAGACCGAAUGGUCUCGUGGAUUCGGCUACGCGACUUCCACUUGCUGACAGUGGGGCUGAUUCGCUACACCUGGGACGAGCGCUUCAGCACCGUGCACGUGCAGUACUCGAACAGCUGGGCGCUGCAGGUGAGAGACGCACAGCUGAAGGAUGCAGGACUCUACGAGUGCCUGCUCAACUCAGAUCCCCCGAAGAGGCAAGUGGUUGCCCUCAAGGUGGUUGGUAAGUAG